AUGCAUCUGCGCGCCGGCGCGGGGUCCACAAAGUCGAAAUUUUUCACCACACUCCUUUCCUCCAUCAACUUCAACAACCAUCCUUCGCAAGCGCGAAAAGAUCAGUGCUUCGGCAGUCAAAAUGGGCUGCUUUCGCAUGGUCAGCUUCGAGAGCAUUUUACUCGGUUAAUAAACCAGGUGAAUAUCUCAUCGUCAGAACUUCCUGUCUACACUUUCUUUGGUCCCACAGCAGGCAAUCAAUCUUGUUUGUUCAGCGUAAGAGCUGUCGUCACCAACAUGGUGGGCAAGCGCGCAAGCACAGGUAAGAAUUUUCUUGUUCGCAAUGUUUUCCCUAGCGUGCUUCUCAGGCUUCCUACCCGGGGCGCACGCAACAUCAUGAUGACCACAGCUUAUCCAUUCAACUAUGUCAUGCCAACCGAGUCAUCCUCCCGCACUGGAGUUCCUCUCCGGAGGGACGAGGAAGGUGGUGGAGUUGGCUCCCUCGGGAGUCGUCAUUUGACUUCAGUGCUGAGCUUCUCGGUUCCUCGUUCUGAGGUUCAGGGUUUGCGAGGCCGGCUAGGCUGA